CACGGCUUAGAUCCGAGGAGUUUGGUAAAACUACCAUCGCUCUCCUCUCUAUUCAUUGCAUAACCAGUUAAUCGUCGUCUUCUCCAGUUAUGGCAGGUGUCUUAUCCGAUGGCUCUCAUUUUGAUGCUCGUCAAUAUGAUUCAAAGAUGAAUGAUUUGCUUUCAGCUGAUGGACAAGAUUUUUUCACUUCAUAUGAUGAAGUUUACGAGAGUUUUGAUGCCAUGGGUUUGCAAGAAAACCUCUUGAGGGGCAUUUAUGCAUAUGGAUUCGAAAAACCAUCAGCAAUCCAACAGAGAGGAAUCGUACCCUUCACAAAGGGUCUGGAUGUAAUCCAACAAGCUCAAUCUGGAACUGGAAAAACUGCAACUUUUUGCUCGGGAAUCCUUCAACAACUCGAUUACAACAUAAUCGAAUGCCAAGCUUUGGUUUUAGCACCUACUCGUGAACUCGCACAACAGAUUGAAAAAGUUAUGCGUGCAUUAGGAGAUUAUCUUGGUGUAAAAGUGCAUGCUUGUGUUGGUGGGACCAGUGUUCGUGAAGAUCAACGGAUACUUUCCGCCGGAGUUCAUGUCGUCGUCGGAACUCCUGGCCGUGUUUUUGAUAUGCUACGAAGACAAUCUCUUCGUCCAGAUUACAUUAACAUGUUUGUGCUUGAUGAAGCUGAUGAAAUGCUUUCACGAGGCUUCAAAGAUCAGAUCUAUGAUAUAUUUCAGCUCCUUCCAUCAAAGGUUCAAGUCGGGGUGUUCUCCGCCACAAUGCCGCCGGAAGCCCUAGAAAUCACAAGGAAGUUCAUGAACAAACCUGUUCGGAUUCUGGUGAAGCGCGAUGAGCUUACUUUAGAAGGAAUCAAGCAAUUCUACGUGAACGUCGAAAAGGAGGAAUGGAAGCUCGAAACACUCUGCGAUCUGUACGAAACUUUAGCGAUUACUCAAAGUGUUAUCUUCGUGAACACUCGACGGAAGGUGGAUUGGUUGACGGACAAAAUGCGCAGCCGUGACCACACCGUCUCCGCCACGCACGGCGAUAUGGAUCAGAACACGAGAGACAUUAUUAUGCGGGAAUUCCGUUCUGGAUCGUCGCGAGUCCUCAUCACCACCGAUCUGUUGGCUCGUGGAAUCGAUGUGCAGCAAGUUUCGCUUGUGAUUAACUACGAUCUUCCGACGCAGCCGGAGAAUUAUCUCCACCGUAUCGGACGUAGUGGCCGGUUUGGGCGAAAGGGUGUUGCGAUCAAUUUUGUGACCAGAGAAGAUGAGAGAAUGCUUUUUGAUAUCCAGAAGUUUUACAAUGUCGUUGUGGAGGAGCUUCCAUCAAAUGUUGCGGAUCUGCUCUGAGCCUGAGGUAAUGAGGUUAGGUUUUCUUCUUUCAUGUUAUUUGGCUUUUGUUCUUCAGUUUUCAGUCAGAAGAUUUUGGAAGAGAUCUAGUUUUGUGCACCAUUUUUGACCUUUCGGUAGUUGAAUCGGCCU